AUGAGGAUGAAACAAAAGGAGACCUUUCAUACAGGCCAUGCAGAAACAUCGGCAAAAGAUGCGAAGGAAUACGAGUUAGAGUUCAACCCGGCCCAACCUGGAGUGCAAGAGGCUGAAGUCGUCAAAUCGGCGCUCACCAUCGGGGGACUCGCGGCGCUCUUUUCGAUGAUCACGCUCAUUACAUUUACCACCGCCCUACAGGUUCAGGUCAUGUACAGCACUUUGCCGUAUGUGUACAGCGACUUUAGCGCCCACUCACUCAUUCCGACAACCAAUAUCGUGUCGAGUGUAGUCGCCGCCAUUUUUCGAUUACCUCUUUCUAAAGUCCUCAACCUCUGGGGUCGCGCUCAAGGCUUUGCUGUCAUGCUCACCGUUUUCACCAUUGGUGUUAUCAUGAUGGCCGCGUGCCAGAACGUGGUGACAUAUUCUGCCGCUUCAGUAUUCUUCUGGACCGGAUUCGAUGGAAUGUUCUACGUGUUGUACGUCAUCCUCGCAGACAACUUCAGUUUAAGAAACAGAGGCUUCAUGUUUGGCCUGUAUAACGCCCCCUACUUGGUCACAACGUGGGUGGGCUCCCCCAUCGCGAGCCGGUUCCUCUCCGGGCCCGGGUGGAGGUGGUCAUUUGGCACUUUUGCAAUUGCGGCUCCCGUCGCUGGCUUGCCUUUGAUUCUACUCCUCUUAUGGAAUUAUCGAAGGGCCCGGUUGAGGAGUGGAGUGUCCGAACGCAAGGAACACAGAAACGCCUGGGAGGGCCUGAAAUACUACUGGGUCGAGUUUGACUUCAUUGGGCUUCUACUUCUCGCCGGUGGCUUCUCGUUGCUUCUUCUGCCGUUUAGCCUUUACUCUGGCCAGGCGAGUGGCUGGGCAUCACCAAUGAUCAUCUGUAUGAUUGUUUUCGGUGUCUUUUGCUUUGUCUUAUUUGCGAUCUGGGAGAAGUACUGGGCACCAAAAUCAUUCCUUCCAUGGGAACUCAUCAAAGAUCGUACCAUUAUUGGAGGAAGCAUCGCAUCGGCCAAUACGUAUCUAGUCUACUAUGUCUGGUACUCCUAUUUCUCCUCAUCUCUACAGGUUAUCCAGGGACUGGACAUCACCCUUGCUGGGUAUGUUGUCAAUAUCCAUAGCGUUGGCUGGGUAUUAGCGGGUAUUGCUGCCGGUGCACUGAUUCGUACAACGUCUCACUAUAAAUGGAUUGCACUGUACAUUGGGAGCCCUUUGCAAAUACUCGCCACUGGCCUCAUGUAUCACUUCUCCGACACAGGAUCCCCCACCGGGUUGAUCGUCAUGGCACAAGUAUUCUUGUCACUAGCAGACGGGUUGAUAUAUCUCACCUCCGAGGUGGCAGUCUUGGCUGUCAUUGACCAUGAGCAUAUCGCCGUGGUGUUGGCCGUAUACAACAUGGUGACAAGCAUCUUCCAGGCAGUAGGCGCUACAAUCUCGGCAGCCAUAUGGACCAAGGUGUUUCCGUCGUAUCUGUCCAAAAACCUUCCAGCCAGUGCCCAGCCUCAGCUUGAAAGCAUUUACAGCAGCAUUUAUUCUCAAUUGUCCUUUGACAAGGGGACUGCUGAGAGAUUGGCUAUCGAGCAGAGUUACUCCCAGGCAAUGCGGAAUCUUUUCUCUGCCGCUCUGUGUCUCACCGUUAUUGGGCUUGUGGCUACCUUGUUCUGGAAAGAUGUGAACGUGAAAGACAAGGAGGAGGAGCAACCAGCAAGCCGACAACUGGAUAGCCGACAGCAUAGCUCAGAGUAA